GAGUAUGGCUGAGGGUAAGAACUUGGUGAGUAAGUUCUUCAAUGUGAUCAAGCACAAUGGGGGAGUAACGGGCACCUUCCUCAAGUACUGCAGGGGCAUCGAGCCCAAACAGGGAACUCUGAUGGGGGAGGACCAGUUUGGAAACAAGUACUUCGAAAACAAAAAUUACUUUAUGGCCCGCAACCGGUGGGUGGAGUUCAACCCUAAGCCCUCUGACCCCGCCUACGGCUACUUCCACUUCGACGCCUCCCAGAUCCCCCCGGACUGGCACAGGUGGAUGCACCACAUGACAGACCAAGCCCCCUCUGAACACCCCCUCCCCAAACAGAAGUUCCACAUGCCCCACCAGCCCAAUUACAGUGGACUCAACAGGUCUUACACGCCCUUCUCAACCACAACCAAGAAGAUCCACGAAUGGGACCCCACUACAGCCACUUCUGGAUCAGAAACAAACAAAUAAGAUGAAUAGUAUUGACUGAUUUGCAGCAAUGAAAUAUUUUAAAACAAUUUACUUUUACCUGGAGAACUAACUUGAACGAAAAGUCACUCCGUAGUAUUUUGUGUUUUCUGGGAAUAGUUGAAAUCAUGGCAAUGGAUCUUGGUUUGCCGAGGAUCAGGUUGUUUAGUUCUGAGCACAGUUAUCGAAGUAUCUACUUUUUUCACUCUCAAUUUUGAUUUUUCACAGUUCGACUAUUCAUUUCUUUUUAAGUUCAUUUACUUGUUAAAAGGAAGGCUAGCUCCGCUUUCGAACAGCAAAUGUGGAAAGGUCCCAAAAAACGUGAUCGACUUCUAGUUUCGAAGCAGAUUUAAUGUCCAGAUUUCCCAGCGUAAUUAAAAAUUUACCUAUUG